UCACUCUUUCUUCUUUUUUGUGGUAUGUUAGUACUUAGUAUUUCAUAUUUCAUUUCAGUUUGUAUAUUUAAUUUUAAUUGUAUUUAUUGUAGUUUUAUGAUAAUACUAAAUGUUUUUAUUUUCUUUUUGAAGAGUUUUAUGAUACAGUAUAUUGAUAUUAUUCUGGAAAUCAAGUGUUUUUUUUAAAAAGUUUUGGGGUUAAGCUUAUAUAUACUUUUUUUAUCUUUUUAGUCUGCGU